ACUCCGCCCCGGAGCAGAGGCAAGCAGAGACGCGCGGGAGAAGGGGCGUGCAGCCGGAGCAGCGGUCCCUUUCGCUGGCAGCAAGUCUCCAGCCGUGCAUCUCCUGGCUGCAGAGGUGGGCGCCUUUGGGCUGUUCUGCAAGGACCCCUCCGUUGGCCGGCUGAGCGGUGUCUGGUUGGGACAGAUCUUUAUCAGGUCGGGACAGUCUGGGGAAGAAUUUAGGAAACUUCUUUUAGCAAACUCCGUGCAGUGUAACAGGCAGCAUUUCAGCCCUUGUUUCCCGGGGGAGCGCAGUGGGGGUUUGCUGCCAACCCAUCGCGCGAAAGAUUGCAGAGAUAGGUAAGCAAAACAGAGUACAGUUGAUGGGCCAGAGAAUGGGGUGGCCAGAGAGAAUCAAGAGCGUCAGGCUGGAAGAAUAUCAGACCAUGACUGCCGAGACCAUGAAGGAGGAGGAGGAGGUGGAGGCGGCAGAACAUCCCAAGGAAGCUGCACAGAGACACAGCCGGAAGUUGAGAGCCAUAUGUGGACUGGCCGACUUGAGGAACAAACCUGUUGGCCUGUCCAAUAUUGGAUUCAGCUGCUGCCUCAACUCUCUGCUGCAGGUUUUCUUCAUGAACAGACACUUCACGGCGAUCCUCCGGAGGAUCCAAGUGCCAUUUGACGUUGUGGAGCAGAAACAGAGCGUCCCUUACCAGAUGCUUUUGCUUUUGGAGGAGAUGCAGCGGAGCACACACAGCUCGGUGCAUCCAAUGCAUCUUGUCAGCUGCCUUUCAAAGCACGGGCUCAAAUUGUUCGUUCUCUAUGAUGCCUGUCAACUCUUCCUGCAUCUCUGGAACCUAAUUAAGAGCCAAAUCACAAAUUUAGAUCUGGUUGAAAGUCUGACAGAUCUGUACACCAUCCGCUUGCAAGAAUACUUGAUCUGUCAGGAGUGCUGUCUGGAGACAAAGGUCAACAGCAACGUGCUGAUGCUCCACCUUCCAAUGUUCGAUUAUGAUUCUCAUCGGAUCAGGACCUUGGAAGAUGCGCUACGUUGCUUCUUUGCACCAGAACAUCUGACAGAGAACAGUAUGUGCCCUUGUGAACAGUGUGACAAGAAAACGGCGUGUCUGCAGGGCAUGAAAGUUACCUGUCUACCUCAGACCUUGACAAUGCACCUGAAACGUUUCUGUUCCAAGCGCAGCAACUGGACUCAGAAGAUUGGCCAUUACUUGUCCUUCCCUCAGAAUCUAGAUUUCAGCCAGAUCCUGACUCCAGAACAAUAUCAGCCAGAUUCUCCAGAGGAGGGCAGUGGGUUGUAUGAUCUUUCUGCAGUCGUUGCACACUCGGGAUCAGCCAGCUAUGGCCAUUACUGUGCAUACAUUUGGAGUUUCACGGAACAGAAGUGGUAUUGCUUCAAUGACUCCAGCUUCUGUCAGGUGUCCUGGGAUGACGUCAGGUGUACCUAUGGCCAUUCAGGUCUCCGCUGGAGUGAAACCGCCUAUCUUCUGGUUUAUCAGAAAAAAGAGUCAGCCGUUGCAAUCUGAGACACAAGCUUUCAUCGUGCGCUGAUAACUUUGCAUGGUUCUGGUGUGAAUAUGCUCAGGAGGAGCAUGAAGCAUUUCCCCCUGCAAACGGUCUAGGACAGCUGUGCAAUCCUGGUUUCCAGAGGCCCGCCUUUCCAGCUGAAGCAUCAUUUCACCUGCAGAAAAGGACAGGACCAAGAACAAAAUGUAGCAAUUCGACACCUUCUCUGAACAGUACCUUCUGGCCUUCUCUCAGGGUGUGGCUACCAUACAACCUUGGAUGGGUUUUACGCUGCUUGAGAGUUACAAGGUUUUUACUGGAGAAUCCUGAGAUGCUAGUCUGCUGAGAACUCUGUUAUGAGGUUUAUCCCUUCAUGCAAUUAGGUCCCAGGAUGUCCUUGGAAUAGGCAAGGAAAAUUACACCAGGUUAUUGGUAGAAUCGAACUGCCCUCAGGUUCUUCAGGCCAGCUCUACCCACAUGGACCCUAGACUAACCUUUUUAUCAAACAGUUUCUACUCUUCUAGGCCCUGAUGCAGAUGGCCCAGGCUAGGGAUACCACCUUCCAGGUGGGACCUGGGAAUUACAGCUGAUCUCCAGAUGACAGAGACCAAACCCCCUGGAGAAGAUGGAUGUUUUGGAAGAGUGGAUUCUGUGGUCCUGUACCCCACUGAGGCUCCUGUCCUCCCCGGGCUCUACCUCAAAUCUCCAGAUGUUUCCCC